CGAACGAACAAUAGAAGCCGGAAGUAACCCACCGAAACUGGCAUAUAUACUGGCCUCUGCGCCGCCUUCUCGACCAUGCCCGUACGAUCACUUGUCCAAAUGGCUAUCAGCUGCGCUCAAAGGAACAUCCACUUCAUCGACAAUUUGUCCGACAUGCCCUACCAAAUGGCGCAUCCUAUCCUCAAGAAGGUCACCAGCCCAAAUCAACUGCUCGAGAUACAGACCAACUCGCCGCACCUCGCCAAAGACACUGGAGAACUUUGGCAAGCCUUCAUCAUGCGAGACUUGCCUAACCUUACUCAGGAGAACAUGAUCUACCCAAAGAAUCCCGAGAGCUGGUACAAGGUGUACCGAAAGCUCAUGCGGACGGAGAAGGAGCGCGAGGCUGUACAGGAAGAGCAGCUGCGAAUUUCGCUUCUGGGCGACAAAGUCAAAAGAGAGGAGAAGAAGACGAUGUUUGUGGAUAAGGUCCUACAUCAUGCUCGCGAGGAGCCUGUCAUCUUCGUCGACGGACAACGCAACAGAGGCAAUAGGACUGCUGGGCCCCCAUCCUUGGCAAAGGCAAAGACUGGCACAGAUGCGCUCGCUGCCAUUCGCAAUAGAUCUGCCCUUAACUCGAGGCAGAUAUCGCUGGGACGUCCCUUUCAGUCCAACGGUUAUGCCCAAACUUCGAACAGGGCCACUCGCCAGAUCGCUCAGGCUCCCCAAAGUAUGCUUCGGGAAGCUGGUCAACAUGGUAGGAUGGAGAUUGCACCACGCGAGCUAUUGCCGCAUCAGAAAACAAUGCUUCAAGAACAGCGCAAAGCCAAUGCAACCGUCAAGGUACACGCCCCUGGCCUGGUCAGAAGUGCCAAGUUCGCUGCUGCACACCAAAAGCAAAACGAGGCUGUCAUUCGCAAAGCACGCGAGAUCAACGAGGACAAGUUGAGGAAAUUGACGCAGACGGCAAAUCGAGCUGCUCGAGAGAAGAAACCCGAGCCGAAAUUCGAUUUCGAACCAACUGUGCCCGCUACUUCUCCUGAACCACCAAAAGUCUCUACGCCGGUGCAACCCAAUUCACCCGCUGCCGCACCUCCAGCACCAUCUCCACCAAAACAGGCCAGUCCUAAUCCGGUCCUUCUCAAGAAGCGACCUGCACCCGGCGGCUCGGUAUUCAUGAAGCCCACCAAGAAGGCGAAGCGUUGAAAGACUUGUUCAAUGUAGCCAUGGACAUGCGCACAGCUACCGGCGUCAAUGGCAGAACGAGCUUCCAGUCUAUGAAGACUCGCGAAUAGCAAUAUCCGCAGCGGCAAUGGCUUCCUUGGCUUUUGUGAUAUCGUCAGGCGUGUUGCUCUGAUCACUUGAGCUCUUGUCCUGCUCCUGCGUUACAUCAGAACUGCCAGAGUUACGGCAACAACAUGAAGAACGAAAGCUUACCAGCUGCGCCUCGAGCUUCUCCUUGGCAUCUGUGAUCUUCUGCUUGAGUUGAGGAAACAUGGCCUCAGUCUCUUCUAGGACUUUGCGCUAGACCUGUACGUUAGCAUUGAUGAAAUAGAGGGGCUCAUAUGAGACCACGAGUAGAUGAUCGGAUGAUUGCAGAAGAACUAGAUACCCAUGUACAAGUAAUUGAC